AGUCUCAUGUGCUACCCCUGCUCUAGAUAGACGUUUCUCCCCACCACGGCGCUUUUUGUGCGUGCCAACAUGCGCAUCCUAGGUUUUCGACAUGUUCCCCGCAUGACGCAGCCCUGCUAGUCGUUAUUGAGGGCUUGACAAAGCUGUUUUUUGAUGAUGAGCGCAAGUACCACAAGAAUAAUGAAACAAGCAACAUUUUUUACAAUACUGACAAUGAGCCGCGACUACAAAGUGGCUCUGCCAAGAUUUGGCUAACGCACCAAACAUUCUUUGUUUUUUAGUUUUUCCCCAGUGAUCCACUAGACCGCAUGAGCAAAGUUAGGAAAAUAAGAGAAAGCACGACACCGAGCAAGAAGAGCACGAGAAGAAUACCCCGGGCGAGGCAUGUGUAUGAGCACAGUAUAGUUUACGACGACAACAGCCGAUCCUCUACUCGGAACAGCAGCACAAAGAGCGACAGCACUACAGUGUCGUCUAGAACAAGGCUACGAUCGAAUACAACACCCGAUGGCGCGACCACGCGCUGCAAAAAUAUUAGCAAGAAAAAGAAAAUAAAGAAGACGGUGGUGACCACCACGGACAUAUCGUUAUCAGGUGGAAAAAACAACACAAAGAAGAAAAAAACCUCUUAUCCCGCGAACAGCAUCAUACCCGAAAAUAACGACAGCGAGGAGCAGGAGUUACUGGAUUCGGAAGAUCUCGACCUGAUCGAAAGAUUCGAAAACCUUCCCCCGAUGUCGGUGGAGGUCGACCACGCGUAUCUGGAAGACUUCUUCAACGAAGAUAUUGCCGACGACGACGCCCCUGCUUUGGGCGACGACGGGUUCGACGUUCCCGGCGCUCCUGGCACAAAACCGGAGCAGGAUGUUGAACAGGAGGACAGGCAAAACGCAGGGCAGUUGUUCGAGGAAAGGCAAGAAACGGACCACUACGGGGCUGCUGGUUCCGACGGCGACGAGCAGAUGGUGGGUGAAGUAGAUGAACAGGAGCUGGAACAAGUAGAUCAAAAUAAUGAUGCCGACGGGGGUGCACAGGAAGAAGAAAACGAAGAUGCGCGUGCAAGCAGUUUUGCUCCUGGUGAACAUGAUAUGGAAGACCUAUUCGAGAUUGCGGAUCAACCGUUGGACCAUGACGAGGAAAAUGCGCGAGAAGACGACUUCGCUUUCGCCGAUCCAGAGGGUAGAAUUGAUGCUGGGGACGAUAAAGACCUGUUCGGGAACGAUUUGGACGAUUUGGCUCCCCAAGACGCAGUUGCCACACCGUUGGACGAGGACGCUGGCCGCGAGGAAGAAGUUGGUCAAGAAAAUAUGGAAAAGUGCGACGACGUCGAGGUUGCUGGACGGCGCGAUCUAUCAAACGCCGAACAAAACUUUUUUGAAGAGGAACAGCCGGUAGAGGAAAAGAAGCCUAACAAGAGCAAUUACGACGGUGAGAAGAUCGCGAUUGUGAACAAGAGCAACGAGGAAGGUCUUGUGGCUGACGCAGCAGCUACUGCUUCUAUGGACGAUGUUGAAAAUAAUUGCGAGGUGUCACAACGACCGGAGAACCAGCAAGUUGCAGCUGUUCAUCCGGAAGUUGAGGACGAUGAAUUGGAUGAGUUGUUCAGGGACGAUGACACAAAGGACCUGCCGCUGGUGGAUCUCGACGACCCGCUGCUAGCGAUGGAUCUUCACGACUCUGAGGAAAAAGAGCCGCAGUUUUCAUCGGUCGACGUUCAACAGCAGUACAACCUGGGCCUCGACUCCCUUGAGGGCGAUCACCGGGGCUCGCCGGAGCUCACGUCACAGAGCAGUAGUGCAGGACCGAAGAAAAACGUAGACCCGAGCAGUUCAAUAUUCCAGAAAAACGAGCAGAUCGGCGGCUCCUCCUCCUCCCGCGCUCGAAACACGAAUGCUGGCGCAGCUUCAUCGUCUCCUUCUGCUGCCAACAGCAACAAGCGGAAGUCGAGUCGGAAACAGAACCCGGUUAUUGCAGCAGAGUCGGAGAAGAGUAAGAAACAGAAGGUGGAACAAACAAGCCAGGGCGGCGGGAAAGGUGACUGGACGCUCCAUCACGUAGUUGACGACGACAACAGUUCGGGCAUCUUUGGGGGCGAAAAUCGAGAACAAUCCCCAAACGAGGACCCAGAUGAAGGCGCGGAGGUGGACGACCCGCUUUCCUUUCUGGAGGAACAGCAAAACAAGCCGAAGAACGCGAAGGUCAAGCCAAAGACCGCGAAUAAGGCGGCGAAUCCGAAGCGGAAGCCGGCGAAAAAACCCAAGAAGGACAUCACGGGCGGGAAUUAUAAUGGCAGCCAGAGUGGUGCCCUCGUGCUCGUCGCAAAUGACAACCAAGACGACGGAGUGGAGCACGAAAACAACCAACUCGCGGUCCUUUCACAGGAGAACAUGAUGAAGCCUUGGGAGGGCGAAGUCGACGAGUCCCUGCCGCUGCAGGAACAGCGGUUGCUCCACCGGGAGCGUACGCAGGCUAAGUUUUCCCUCUACUCCAAAACAAGCAACAUCGUCCCCAAGGCGAAAUCCGGAUUCGAGCUUUGGCUCGAAGAAGAGGGCUACCUGCACGACGACCCCGAAGCCGCCUGGAAAGCCUGCCCCGACCAGGCGCAGUACUUCGCCAGAGCGAAGGACGACGUGAACAGGUACACUCGUCUCUUCAUACGUUUCUUGAAAGCUCGUUGUUGAUGGGAUUUAUUGUCCUCGCUUGGCUUCAAACUCAAGAGUGAAUUUCCAUUUUUUUUCACUUUCCGACUUUUGCCACGGAAAUCAAUUGCAGGACCACGAUGACGUGUACAACAUCUGUCAGAAAUGAAACCAAAAAACAGGUAUGAGGAAGAACUGAACGAAGUCCACGGAGUGCGCAAGGACGCGAUGUUCUCUUUGAUUAUGCUUGCUGGAAAGCGUUCCAAGAAUAAGGGCGCGCCCGCGAGCAAAGCCCAGGAACAAUUGGUUGUCCAGGAACCCGACGAAUUCGCAAAUCUCUUCGGCAACACCGGGGCGGAGGCAGGAAGGUAUAGAAAAGUGUCAACAUCUUCCAGUGCAGCUGAUGCAAACGCAGCAUUAACUUUUUGUCCAAACCACGGCCGAUGAGGAGCUUUCAAGUAAUAUCUGUAGAUCUUUACAACUUCACAACUUCACAACUUUCAGAUCCAGUUUCUCUUUUCAUCCGAGCGUUUUACUUUUACAACUUUCUUCUAACAAACCCACAGCUCCGGAAAUGUGGAGAAUAACAACGAGGAAGAAGAAAAUGCGCUGGCCAUGUUCGGGGAGGACCCGCAACCGGCGGACAACAACGACGUGUCCGGCAACAACGGACCGGUCGCGCAAGUCCGUCUCGACGAGAACGGCGAGAUCGUGAUUGAGGACAAUUUGAACAUGGAAAACGGACAGAUCGUCGACGCCAAGGACAACAACAUGCAGCUCCCCGAGCACUCCCUCCUGGCCAACAUGGCGAACCUGGGCAGCAACCACAAGCGGAGGAAGGCGGCGCAGAAGUGGACCGUCGAGGACACGAAGAAAUUUUACGAGGCGGUGUCCGCGUUUGGCUACGACCUGGUGCUGAUCGGCUCCGUGUUCCCGCAGAAAACUGCUGCGCAAGUGAAGGCAAAGUACACGCAGGAGAUGAAGAAGAACCCGGAUCUGAUGGACGGGGCCUUCAUGGAAAAGAAGGACUGCAAGAAGUUCUUCGAGAAGGAGAAGUGGAAGAUCGACGAGUCCAAGCACUGGCGGCCGCCGCUCGCGAACGGCAGUCCGGAGGAGGAGAUGAAGGCGCUGGAAAACGGGGCGGCGGACGACUUUACCAGCGGCGACUUCUUCCAGGACAUGGGGUUGGAAAACACCAGCGGCCUCUUCGGCGGCUCGCCCUUCAUCAACCCGGCCUCCAGCUCGCGGUUCGGGCCGCCCACUGCGCAGGGCGGGCCGAAGAAGCGCUUCGCGCCGCCCGGCCAACAGGUGGGGUUGCCGGUGUCAACCUCGGCCGCGCGACCAGCGGUUGCUCCGCCACCCGCUCCGAAACCGGACACCGACGCCGACUUGUUCGAUGCGCUAUUUUACGAUGGGGCAACAGGAUGACGGAGGACGGACGGUGCGAGUUUGGUGUGAUCACGUUGAUGAAAUGACUUUGAGUAUAGCGACAAUGAGUAAUGAGUGAUAUUUGCUCGAUGGUACAAUAAGGAUUCGCUUUCUGGUAGCAAGCGCGCAGAGAUUAACUUGCCACUACGUACUGGCGGAAACAGCAGAGACGAGCACGGAUCUAGGUUAGCGUUGUGACCAAGAAGGAAAAGCAGCUUUUUCCAUCGUAAAUGGAGCAAGAUUGUAUAGCAAGUGUUCGC